ACUAUAAGUUGGGGCAUGGUAGGGUGAUAAAAAAGACAGGUAAUUUUUUCAUUAGGCCUUAUCUCAAUAAAACAAUACAUGAUUUACCAUAUCUAGUGUAUUCUCAUUGUAUUACGUGACUAAUUCAAAUUCACAUGUUAAAUAUACAAUUACCAUUGGGAUAUUUAAAUAUUUAAAAAGAAGCAAAAACCGACCUUAUCAGGGGAGAGGGGUCAAAGGGAACAUAUAUAAUUCUUUAUGUACAUAUAGAUAAGAUAUUUCAUAGCGUUUAAAACUCUACAAGUGACCGCCGAUUGCCAAGUAUAAUUUAUAAUGUUUUUGAAGGACGAUUUAUUAUUUGCACGGUAAAUAUCUUGUUCAAAAAGAUAAAAAUCAAGGUUUGGAGUAAUAUUUACAAAUAAUAGUUUAAAACUUAUUUGAACACGACAUAACAUUUAGAAUUUCUGUGACAGUUGUGGUAUAUUUUGCACUUUAAGACUGCAAUUGGAAGUUGUUUUGAUCAUUCUAUGUAUUUCAUACUGCGUGAAUGGAAUUUUUAGUUUGGAAUACAUUCGCUUACUGUUUAACACUCAAACUUGAAACUUGUGUUAAAUUAUACAUACAUAUAUAAUUGGACCUGAUUUGAUGCCAAAAAUUUUGCACAAGGAACUUUGUGGAUUUCAUAAUCAAUUCGAACAAGUGGAAAUAAUUUUUGUGAGAAAAACUGAUAUAAGCAAAAUUAAUAAUCUUUGCAAGGUCAAAUGAAAAAACUAAGUAUUAUUUCAUAAGUUCAUCAUGAUAAUAUUUAAGAAUUAGACAUAUAAGUUAAGAAAUGUAUAUGUGUUAUUUGUGAAUUAUCAAAUCUGUUCAAAAUGACGAAAGAAAUGGAUGUUUUAAAGUGAAACAAGAAUAUAACAAAACAGCAUCUACUUUAAAUAUUCAAAGCUGUUAAAAGACAACUGUUGAAAACAUUCAUUCUAACUGGGAAGUGUAGAAAAUCUUAGACAUAUUAUCUUAGUUAAUACAUUAAAUUUUAGAGUGAGGAAAAAUCCAUUCUAGCUGAAAAAUAUAGAAAAUCUAAGACAUAUACAUUAAGUUCUGGGAAUUAUUUCAACUUCGACAACUGAAUAAUGGAUGCAGCUCAGCGUACAGUUCUCCAAAACAAUCACAUGGAGUUAGCACGGGACAUUGUGACGACGGAAGAUUUUUUAGGGAUUUGUUACCAGCAGAAACUAUUUGACACAAAUCUGAUAGAGAUAAUCAGGUCACAACCAGGAAUUAAAGCUCAGACAUAUAAAAUGUUAGAACUUCUACCAACAAGAGGCCCAGAGGCAUUCAAUAAAUUUCUGAAAAUGAUUGACCAAGAGUACCACUGGUUGGCAUCAAAACUUAAAUCAGACUUAGAACAGGAAGUCGCUAAAAUACCACAAAAGGAAAUGACAAUGGUGGCCCCAUCUAUCAAUCUUCAAACAAAUCAGACAAAUGGAAUUAAUAAUAGCAAGUUACUUAAAGAUGUUGAAAUGGUUCCUGUGGCAACAACUCAAACCAACCAAUCAGUGUCAAGAUCUGUGUCACAAACAGAACCAGCUUCACCAAAAGAUUUAACAGAUUCAGCUAUAGCUCUCAAUGGUUUUAAUGCAGUGAAGAAAAAAAUUGGGAAUUUUAUGACUCAGCAAUUUAGUUUAAGUCGAAAACUUUGCCAAUCAGACAAACAAGCAAUUGAAACUUUUAUAACGGAACAAAUUCGAGAAGUUCAAAAACAGUCACAUCAAAAAGUAUGUGAAGUCCGCGAUCACAGACGUCUAAAUGACGAAGUUCAGCGCUGGUUACAAGAUACGUGUAGAAAACUUGAAAGACGUGUAGGGUUCAUCAAUCCUCGUGAUACUAUGGACGGAGGAUUUAUCAAUGGAAAAUCAACAAUAAAAGAUCUGGAAGAAUGUAUUCAUCAUAUGGCGGAACAACAUCAUAAACUUGAAAGUGAGGUUAAAAAGUGUUUAUCAUUGUUCGGGGAAAACAGUGACAAUCUUUCAUUAGCAUUUCAAGUUGAACAUAUUCUUUCAGAAAAGAGAAAGCUUAAAAAAGAUAUAAAAAAGAUUUCUCAAGAAAACGAACUUAUGGUGUCAGAAAAUUAUGAUUUGUCUUCUGCUCAGCAGAAGUUAAAACAAACGAACUCAUACAAAGAUGUGGAACUUGAGGUUAAAGACCGUCAAAUAAAAAAUUUACAAUCGGAAAAACACGACCUUAAAAAGGAGAUAGAACGAUUACAAAGACUUCAUAUUCAGCAUUUGGAAAAAGAAAAGACAUUAUUAAACCUUCAACAAAUGGUGCAUGCUCUAAAAGAGCAAAACAAUGACCUUGCCGAUGCAACUGUUAAAAUGCAGGACGAUCUAAAACGUAAUUCACCUCGUAGAUCCCAAAGUAUUCCUAAAAAUUCAAGACCUACUCUAUCAAAGUUUAGAUCUCCUAAUAGAAAGAAAACAUAUCGAAGCUGAAAAUUAAUUGAUUUGCAAAUAAAUAAUUUGUUUAGACUAACUACAGUAGUAUGUACUGACAUUGUUAAAUAACAAAAGAAUUUUUAUAUGAUAUUCUGUUUCUAGAAAGAGACCACAAUUUCUUUUCGUCUCUUGUGUCAGAAUAGUUAUGAAAUACAACCAUGGCUAUAUGCCAUCAAAGAGCUCUCAAUGCAUAAAAUCUUAAGAUAUAGAUGUGAAAACUUUAUCCAUAAUGCAUUAGAUUCUAUAAAAGCAGUGAGGAUUUAUUCAAAAUAUUCCU